AUGGCGCGGCCGGCGGCCGCCUACGAACCGGCGGUGCCGCGCCCCGCCUGCGCCUACACUAGCUGCUACUGUGAAGAAAAUGUUUGGAAACUUUGUGACUACAUCAGGAGUCAGGAUCAAUACCCUUUAGAAGAAUUCUAUGCUGUUUUCAUAUCCAAUGACAGGAGGAUGAUUCCACUCUGGAAGCAGAGAUCGGGACAUGGAGAUGAGCCUGUUGUCUGGGACUACCAUGUUAUUCUACUUCAUGUUUCCAGCGGGGAGCAGAACUUCAUUUAUGAUCUUGAUACAGUGUUGCCGUUUCCGUGUCCUUUUGAUGUGUACAGUGUGGAGGCCUUUAGGUUGGAUGACAGCCUUCAUCCAGAAUUUCACAGGAAAAUCAGAAUGAUUCGAGCAGAUUUGUACUUGAAGACAUUUGCUUCAGACAGAUCUCAUAUGAAAGAUGCAAAUGGGAAAUGGCAGAAACCUCCUCCUUCAUACCCUUGCAUUGAAACUGCAGACUCCAAGAUGAAUUUGGAUGAUUUCAUCAGUAUGAAUCCCAAAGUGGGAUGGGGCUCAGUGUUCCUUCUCCCGGACUUUGUGCAUCGCUUUGGCAGACAUGAUUACAGCUAUUCUUUGAAAGAACAGUGAAGCGAACAAAGAAGUUCUCCCUACUUCUGUUUUGAGUGGGUGUGUUUUGUUCUGCUGCUCUUAUACUGUAUGGUUUACAUUUAUUUACAUGGAAUAAGUAUUUGGGCAAAUAGAAUGCCCAAUCAGAAAGAUCAUGAACUGAAUAAAAACUUUUAUUUUGAUUAUGUAA